GGCGGGGGGCGCAGGGAAGGAGCCGGGCGAGGAAGGAAGCAACAAACGCUGAGCCCGUGACUCACGGUGCGGAAUGACUAAUGCCGGCAGGGAACAGCGCGUUUCGGGCACGGGAGCGGGGCGGAGAGCCCGCUGCGCAUCGCCGAGGGGGUCGGGGAGCCCAAGGGGACUCGGGGGGCGGCGGCACCCCCUGCUCCGGCUGCGCGCCCCCCGCACCCUCUGCGCGCGGCCAGGGCCGGUCCGGAGCCCCCCGGAGCCCCCCGAAAUCCCCGGGGACCGCUUGCGCGCAUCCUGCGCGCCCCCCGCCGCCGCCUCCCCCGGUUCCCCCCGCGGGUGGCGGCUGCCCGUGGCCGCCGGUGGCACCGCGGCGGGAGGAGGAGCGCGCCUGUGCAGCGCCGGGAGGACGGGCCCAGCCUGCGCCGCGUUACACAACCGCCCGCCGCCACCGGGCACUUUCACAAGUCCCGCCGCGCAGCGCCGGCAGCCCUCCCGCAGCCGCUUUUGCGCCCCGCUCCGCCCGCCCUGCCCCUGCCCCGCUCGUGUCCCACCUUCCCCGGGCCAUGUCCCCCGUGGGAAGAGGCAGCCCGGGGCUGGAGGAGACCCCCGGUGCCGGGGGGGCAGCGCGCAGAGGUCGGGCAUGGCACUGAGAGCGGCUCCGGGACGCGCAUCCUGCCAGACGGAUUAAUUUUUCUCCGUCUCUAUUUACAUGGUGAUAAGAAGUGCUGAUCCCACUCCGUCAGUCUGGACUGAUGAAUCUGAGCAAUAGAACAGAGCCCUGUGUCGUGUAAACGAACUGAUGGAUGAAGAUGAGAAGGACAGGGCAAAGAGGGCAUCACGCAACAAAUCUGAAAAGAAGAGGAGAGACCAGUUCAAUGUCCUCAUUAAAGAGCUUUGCACAAUGCUGCAGGGCCACGGCCACCCUCUCAAGAUGGACAAGUCCACCAUACUGCAGAGGACCAUCGACUUCUUACAGAAACAGAAAGAAAUCACAGCACAGACAGAAGCCUGUGAGAUUAGACAAGACUGGAAGCCUUCAUUUCUUAGCAACGAGGAGUUCACCCAGUUGAUGUUAGAGGCAUUAGAUGGCUUUCUCAUCGCUCUUACCACUGAUGGGAUUAUUAUUUAUGUAUCCGACAGCGUCUCCUCUCUGCUCGGACACUUACCGUCAGAUUUGGUGGACCAAAAUAUAUUAAACUUUCUGCCUGAGCGGGAACAGAGCGAGGUGUACAAGCUCCUUUCUCCACACGUGCUCAUGACAGAUCCUGUUGCAGCUGAUUUUCUCAAUGUGGAAAAGCAAAUAGAGUUUUGCUGCCAUUUAGCAAGAGGCAGCUUAGAUCCAAAUGAACCCCUGACGUAUGAAUAUGUGAAAUUUGUAGUGGAUUUUAAAUAUUUUACUCAUGUGCCUACACCCUCCUGUAAUGGCUUUGAGUCAGCUAUUGCACGAGCUUUCAGGUCAGCCACAGAGGAGCAGAUUUGCCUCGUAGCGACUGUUCGUCUCGUCACACCGCAGUUCUUAAAGGAGCUUUGCAAUGUUGAAGAGCCAUGCGAAGAAUUUACAUCAAGGCAUAGCUUGGAAUGGAAGUUUUUGUUCUUGGACCACAGGGCUCCACCCAUCAUAGGAUACUUACCCUUUGAGGUUCUGGGAACGUCAGGGUACGACUACUACCACGCAGAUGACCUGGAGCUUCUCGCUAGGUGCCAUGAACACUUGAUGCAGUUUGGAAAAGGCAAGUCGUGUUACUACAGGUUCCUGACCAAAGGCCAGCAGUGGAUCUGGCUGCAGACACACUACUACAUCACCUACCACCAGUGGAAUUCCAAGCCCGAGUUCAUCGUUUGCACUCACCUGGUAGUUAGUUAUGCGGAAGUUCGAGCUGAAAGGAGGCGAGAUCUUGGCCUUGAAGAGUCAUCAAUUGAACUGGCAUCCUCUUCUGUAAAGAGCCACAGCAGCUACCUGGACGUGGGGCAGUGCGGCAGCAGCCAGGAGGCCAGCCGGGAAGGAGUGUCACUGUCAUCCCACAGCUCCCGCCGCUCCUCGCACACCGCGCUCUCCGACUCCGCCUCCACCUCGUCCAUGCGGCACACCGACACCAGCACUCCCACCCGGACGGCGGUCCCAGAGAAGGCAGCCCUGCGGCUGGCGUUGGCUGGAGGCGCCCAGGCCAUCGUAACUCCUCCAGCCCCCGGCGAACACCUCCCUCAGCAUCCCGUGGCUCAGCCGGCAGUCCCCUCUCAGCACGCCGUGAUGCCAGUGUACCACUUCCCGGCCCAGCUGGGGAUGAUGCACCAGCUGAAAGAGCAGCUGGAGGAGAGGACUCGCAUACUGCAGGCAGACAUCAAGACACAGCAAGAGGAGCUCCACGUCAUCAAGGAGCAGCUCCAGCUGGUGCAGGACUCCAACCUGCAGAUGCUGAUGCAGCAGCCUAUUCCCUUGGUCUUCAACAACGUGCAGCACCAGAGCCCCAGGAGACCCCCACCGCCUCCCGGGACGCCCCGGCAGCCCAGCGCCAAGAAGUCCCCCCAGCCAGGCCCGAUGGGGACCAAGCACUACGGGGGCCCCCACGUGUCCUCACCGCGUCAGUUCCUCAGGGAGCCCUGUGGCACAUCCUCACAGGUACCGCAGCAGCAGCACCUCAUGAGAGGAAACCAAGCCCAGCAAACGUGUCUGCCAGGGCAGACGAGCAUUUCAAUGCCCCUCUACAACAACCCCAUGGUGUUUUCGCAAGCACAUCCCAUUACAGUGGCUGCACAGAUGCCGACCGACCUGAGUGAAAGGCAGCCGCAGUCCAACUACAGCCAGGACAGGAGCCUCAGAAUGCUGCUGGACCAGUCCAUCCAAGCCAUGAUGCCCGCCGCCAACGGCAGCGCUCAGGCCACGCUGAGCGGCACCAGCAGGCAGCAGGGAAAAUUCGUGGCGGAGCAGCAGACCUUGCCUCCCGCCGUGCAGAUGCAGCCCAUCACCUGCAGCACAGUCCGGCCCCCCGCCCCCUCGCCCGUCUUCUCCCCGUCCGUGGUGAUCCCCCACGCCAGCUUCACCUCCCACCAGACCAGUGCCCCAGUUCACCUCCACCAGUGGCCGCAGCAGCAGGUUCAGCAGCACCGGCUCUACCUUCAGAUGCAAAGUCCUGAGGCGGUGCCGGGGGGCCCGAGCCCGCGUGUUUUCCAGCCGGCCCACGUCGCGCAGCAGAACCCCCUGAGCUACUUCCUGCACCCGCAGCCGCAGAGCCGCCACGCACAGGGCCAGGCCUGCAACCUGCAGGACCUGCCCGAAAUGCAGCUGCCCUGACCGCAGGCUCCCAGAGGCAGGGACAACCUUAGCUCGGCGACCCGAGCGCAGGCGGAGCGGGGACGGAGCCGUCGGAGCACAGACGGGUGAGGUCGGGGCCCCACGGGGGCCGGGAUGGCCCCACCAGGGGCGGAUGGCUCUGGAGGAUUGGGAUUUCCAUGGGGGGGAUCUCCUGGUGGUACAACCACCACCGAAGAGAGCCCUGGGGCUGUGAGAGGCCACAAGUGUCCUGGAAGGAGGGCACCUUCAAGAGCAAGGAGCAGAAUACACACGGUGGGGCUCCUGCCCACAGGAGCUCGGCUCCAAAAGCAGCUGUAAACUUGUCGGUGAGCAGGAUGGGCUUCGUUUGGGAGCCACGGGCAGGAGGCAGGGUGCUGCUGCAGGUCACCAAGCAAAGCCUUGUCCCUUCAGGGCUUUGGUGCUGGAAGGCACUGUGAGGGCGAGCCCAGCGCACGCAGCACACGCAGGCCGCAGCAGUCACAGGAGGGAUUGCCGUGUACAUAGCUCUCGUCGCACUCUAGUAGGUCCGUCGUGGAGUUUUUUCCUUUUUUCUAUACCUCAACCCUGCCGUUUUUGUUUUCCAGGAGAUUGGAUAAUGCUGCUAAUUUACAUAACACCACUUUUGCCUGAAUUUCUUACUGUUGUUAUACCAGCUCACAUCACAACUAGUAAGAUAUUCGUCAUGUUUUACUUUGGUUAACAAGUGCAGAUAAAUUUAUAUGGUUUUUACUCCCUGUAGCCAAAUAUUUUUCAGGUUACGGACAAAGACUCCUUACUCUUUCUUUUCUGUCGUUUUGUUUUGUUCCAAGUGGGUGUUGUUGUGUAUGUUUCUUUACAUGAAAACAAGCAAACAACACGUAGACCAUCAUGUGACAGCAAACUUUGUGGUUUUGCUAGGUCAUAUUUCAAUUUGACAACCCUGAAACGUGUACUCACAAUGACACAGGCACUGUUACAAGCCUGUCGGGUCAGCAAUAAAUUGUAUUUUUGUAAAUUGUCACUUUUUAACUAUAUGUUUAUAUUUAUGAAUUGAAAACCAGUUUAUUCCUCAGUGGGUGUAUAGUUAAGUGUCCCUACUGUUUGUGUCUUUCCAAAGGAAAAAUGAAAAUGUACAUUUUUUUGAGGCAUUAGUAGCUGAGUACUAACCGUGGGCGCUGUUCCAGCCCAGAGCAGGAGAUGGUUUAGGCCAUUAUUUAAGCUGUGCAGGAUGGUGGGUAGCUAGGAGCAGGGUCAGCCAGCAGGGAUGCACCAGCUUGCAGCCAGAGCACUGUUUGGGGACCGCUGUCACAUCCAAUCAACGCUCUGAGGAGGGGGGGGUUGGUUGGGCUUUUUAUUAUUAUUUUGUAUUUGCAUUUGUUGUUUCCCUGGCUCUCUGCACCACCCCAGCAGCUGCACAGCAGUGCUGACCCCACAGCCUCUGGCACAAGCAGCCCUGGCUUCAGGAAACGGGGGAGCAGGCACGGUGGCGUACAGGCGGGGUACAGCUGUAGCUGGAGACAGCGGGCGCUGCAGGGACACCUGCAGCUACAGCUCGCAUGCGACCAAAAGCUGGGAGAGCCUGUCCUGCCACAGGGCCUUGGUUGCUUGGUGCUGGGGGCAGUGGUUGUGCACCCCGGGGAUGCCGGCAGUGAAGAAUUGGGUGUCACAGAGCAGGCGGAGGGGAGGCGCAGCCAUGGCCUCCAGCAACAUGAGGAUGAAAACACACGCACAGAGGCUGGCACACGUGCUAAGGACACGCUGCUGGACACCUCUGAUGGCCCAGUGCCGCUGCUGGGAGGCAGAGGCCGUGCAGUUCCUGCCGUGCCCCCUAAACUGCAACACGGCGGCUGGGCUGCAGCAUGCCAGCCCUGCGCAUCAGCCCAGGUGGGUGGCAGUGAACCCUUCGUGGUGGUGGUAGUGCUCGGGGUCGGGGUUGGGGUCUGGGAGGGACAGGGGGUGGUUGGCAGGGCUUGCUAGGGAGGAGGCAGGAGUUUGCUGGCUUUCAAGGCAAGUCCCAGGAGCGGUUGGAGGGGGUUGCAGGGCAGCGGGUGUGCCGGACGGGGCUGUGCCCCCGCACAGCCCUUCUGAUGGCAGCCUCUCAGCAGGGAGGGUGGAUUUGCAAGGAUGUUUACAUGUUCAAUUGGCCUUGCUAAGAACAAGAGAUGUAAAACACGCACUUUAUCAGAACCUCUCCUCUGCACGUGCUUUAGUUCCAGUGCCCACACAGCCGCUAGCGCAGCUGCUCGUGGUACCAGGUGCGGGCACCCAGCACAGCACAGGUGAACUGGGCAGAACUGGGCUCCUGAGGGCAAAGUCCCCCAGCCCCGUGGUGGGGGCUGGCUCUGUCCCCGCUCAGGCUGCCUCCAGGCAGGGCAGGGGCAAGGCUGGCUCAGGGCCCCAGGCUUUUUGCCUUGCAUCACCACUCACGCUCAGAAGACAAAAUACAUCUCUUUAUUCAGGUUGAGUUGUAUUCGUUUACCUCGGUGUUAGCUACGAGCUGUGUUUUUGGGACCUGUUUGGAAUGGAGGGUUGCUGGUGGGUUUGGUUCACCCCCGGGUAUUUACAAGAGACGCCAGGCAUGAGGUGGGCACACCGGUGGGUGGGAACAUGACCAGUGCUGCCUGUGCCAGGGGCUGGGCUCUAGGGUCAGUGCUCACUAGCGUCCUGAGGCUUUCUAGCACACAAGCACCUCUAUACUAUCUCUCUCCACAUAUACAGAUACACAGAUAUGUUUUUAAUGUGCAUAUACGUGUAUAUCUCUAUAUAUAGGCCACACAAUUCCAGACCUCUGAAAACACAGGCAGCUUUAAUUAAUAAAGUCUUGCACUUUUAGCAUAUUUGUACAUAUAAGCUAAAGCCUGGUGGGUACCAUCAGGCUGGUUUGACAAACACAGUGAGAAGUUACUGUACAUAGUGUAACAUAGGCCAUGUAAAAAAAAAAGAAAAAGAGGAAGAAAAAAUAUGAAAAAUCUUAGAACUGACUAUAAAUCUUGGUUUAUUUUAUAUGAUGUCAAAUAUAGAUACGUUUAUAAAUGUUACUAUUCUUAAAAGUAUUUUGUAAUGGGAAAAAGGAAGUGUCUUAUGAAGAUGAACAGUAAAGAUUUUAUUCUCGUCUUGAAUCUAUGUCCCUGCACAGCUCCAUUGGAUGGCAGUCUGUGCGUUUUGACAAGCUUUAAAGAGAUUGUACAUAGUAUUUUCAAAAAAAAAAAAAAGAAAAAGAAGAAAUAAAAACAUACUUGCAAGACCUCUUA